AUGUAGAGAGAAAUGGCGGAGCUGCGGGGCUGCGGAGGCUGCAUCGGCUGAGCUGCUGGCAGUUUGAACGCAGCACACACACACGAGCACACGGGACCCGCGGACGGGGGGCCACCGCGUAGGGAGGGCGCUUCCGUAGGAGCACGGGCAAGGUUGGUCUCCGAACCGGCGGAGAACUUCACCUAUGUUUUUUUACCCACGAAACGAGAAGCUAGAGCCGAGCGACGAGCCACGAAAACAAGUCAUGAACGGGGAUAUUGUAUGCAAUUCAGUCACCGUAUUCAGCUGCACCAGGUCCACAUCACCAGGUCAGGAUGAAAAGAUGAUCAAGCUGACACAGGAGGGGAGGUGCCCUCCAAUAAGCUACCAGCAAACUGAUGCUCAGAGGCAGGGAGAGGCUAGGAGAACAAAUACCAUCAGCGCUACGCCAAAAGACUCAAAGAGCCAGUGCUCCCCCUGCUGGCCGGAUGAACAGCCGUCACCUCCGCAGCUCUACUGCGCUCAGACCUGCCUCCGUUCCCCUGCCGAACCCUCCCUGCCUCUCAGCAACGGGCUCUGUCACAGUCUUCUCCUCACCGGCAACAGCAGCGCUCUCCGCAGCCACCAGAGGAGGGAAGUCCGCCACCCGAGGAGAGAGGUCCGCCCCAAGGUCGAAGGAAAGAAACCAGCUCGAAGAAUUGCAGCCGGGAAAAACUCCCAAAACCGAAAAGUUACUGACUACUAUCCAAUACGACGAAGCUCAAGAAAAAGUAAAACAGUGCUGAAGUGCGAACAAAAGAAGCUCAUCGACGAUCUCAUCACAAAGGGAAUAGAGGAAGGAAUGGAGGUGCAGUAUAUAGAAGGAAAGGGGAGAGCGGUGUUUGCCACGCGGUGUUUCCAGAAGGGCGAGUAUGUGGUGGAGUACCACGGAGACCUGCUGCAGAUCACCGACGCCAAAAAGAGGGAGGCCGAAUACGCUCAAAACCCUGCCACUGGCUGCUACAUGUACUACUUCCAGUACCUCUGCAAAACCUACUGUGUGGACGCCACAAAAGAGACUGGUCGAAUGGGUAGGUUGAUAAAUCACAGUAAAAACGGAAACUGCCAAACCAAACUCCACGACAUCAACGGCGUCCCUCACCUCAUCCUCGUCGCCUCCCGGGACAUAGACGAGGGCGAGGAGCUGCUGUAUGACUAUGGAGACCGCAGCAAAGCCUCCAUCGCAGCUCACCCAUGGCUCAAAUACUGAUCGAGGGGACCUCCAGAAAAGAAAAGGGAAACAUACAGUAACGCUUGUGUUUCUCGUUUGCUAGUGUACAAAAUGCCUUAGAAACAGAAUGUGUACCCUAUUGUUCCGAUAUUAAGGGUGCUGGAUGGGUUUAGUAACUGUUAAUUGGGCUGGGGGGGGGGGUUGAUCGGGUACUUAUCACAUUUCAAUUGAGGUAGGUCCAUCUGCCUUGUCAGAUGACAUCUGUACUUUUAUUUAUAUGCGUAUAUGAAACAUUCUGGUUGUUUUGCAGCACAUUUAUUUUGUACAUUUUUGUAUUACCUAUAGACCAGUGCUUCUACAGCAUGCAGGUGGUAGUUAAUGCUCUGCAUUUUUAUACUGCUUUUUCUUAAUUAGUGGUUAGAUACUUAGCAAUACUUCUAUUUAUGGCCCCGGAGCCCUUUGGGAUCAACAAGAAUCACGAGAUGCAAAUUACAAACCCUUUUUUUUUUUUUUUUUUUUUAAAAGAACAACAUAUUCUGUCGGAGUGGAAUUUAAUUUCAGCCAUUAAAACUGGCACCAUCUGCCAUUGUUUAGUGGGAGUGUAAUAGUUUACCACAUUCAUGGUUCGGUCGGCGUUUUGGGUAUUGAUUUACAAAAAAAAAAACCCCUAUUUGACACCGGAUUGAAGUAUUACACUUUUUAGAGUGUGACACAACACACAGACUUCGAAGAUUACACAGGAAUGCAGACAUUACUCAAAUGAGUAACUUCCCCGUUUUCAUGCCUUUUUUUAGUCUUUAGUACAGAACGUAUUUUUUAAUAUUUAAGAUGCAAAAUAUAUUUGAAUUAUGUCGUAAAUGUUCAAAUAAUGCAGAUAACUGCAGGUAAUUUUAUAUUCUGUAACGUUUCUUUAAAGGCAAAUGUAUACGACGGUUUGUUAUAAACAAAUGAAUGAUACAGUAAUAUAAACAGACUCAAGAAUUUAAUAAUUUAAAUUUCUACAAGUUACAUUAUUAUCCAGUCAGUGUUUUCAGCAGUCAAGUCUUGCUUUUGAUUUCAGUUAAACAUAAAUUCUUCAACUGGUGACACUGCCUGUAUUACUGCACUAUGUAAAUAUAUAUUUAUGCAAUUGCUGUUGCAAAGUCAGGGGUUGGUUUAAAGAAAUAGUUUAAUAGACAAUUUUUGCGAAAUAAGCUUUAGUUUAAUUAAUUAAUUUCCAGGUAGGAGGAUUCGAUGGUGAAUUCUCCUGAGAUUCAGUUUAACAUACUUGUCAGUAAUGGUCAUUGUUGUGUUUGCCCCCGUGGUCCUGGGAAGGACUUCAGUCCCCUCACAGCCUUGCCGUUCUGUUCUGUGGCUGAAUGACGUUUAGAGGAAAGGGAAAGAGGAAAAAAUUAAGGUCUCAGUCCGAAAAUCCAAAUCCUCCAGUCGUCUGUUCGUUACACAUGUGGGCAAACACAAAACCACUGACCAGGAACGCAUGCGCUAAAUGUUACAAGUCUUCUCUAAUAUGAACUGAUUCAAACUUUUUAUAAGCCUUUCGUCACAAAGCUACGACCAAAUAAUAAUUUAAAUAGGAAAAAUACGCUCAGUGUUCGCUUUAUUAGGUACACCUGUAAUCUCUAAUGCAAAUCCGGUUCAACAGCUCAGCCAUAAAUUCAGCCUUUACAAAGGUACUGAUGUUCAGUGUUUGUUGACAGUCAACACUGAGAGGUGUUAGCUUAACUACAUGUUUAUUGCUGAGGUUGUAGUUUGCAGUGGGGUUGAACUGCAGUACAUCCAGAGGUGUCUCCUAAUGUGUUGCCCACCCCCUUUACAAACGCGAGGGGGGAAGAACAUUAGAAAAACAUUUCAGCAUGAUGCAAUCCAGUUCAUCACCCCUGCAAACUACAACUUUUAUAAAAAAACUUAUAGCUGAAUUAUCACCUUUCUGACCGUAUCAACAAAAACUCAACAUUAUAAUCUAUAAUCGAAAUGUAGAAUUUAUGGCAGACCAGUCGUACAAGGUUGCAUGACGUUUUUUUUUUUUUGUCUUGCUUUUGUAACUUAAAGCUUGAAACAAACGAAUCAAAUGCUAUACGUAGGUCUACCUGAUGAAGCAGCCAGGGGGUGUAGUUUGAGCCUAGUGGUAACGAGCUGUUUUUUUUUCCUGUCUGCCACUGCGUGUUGGGCUUAUUGAACGAAGCCAAGCUCACUCUUCCGGUGGGUGUAUUAUUAUUAUUAUUAUUAUUACUAUUAAUUCGCUGGAGGAGAGCAGGGGCAGAUUCAUUGGAAUAUAGUCUUAACUUUUUUUAUCAAGGGAAACUGCCCGAACGGUCCAGAAGUAAACGCAUCCAAUCUGGCAUCUCUGGCCGGUAGGCAGGUUUUGUUGCCUCCGGACAGAGCCAGGUUUGCUGCCCCCCGUUUCCAGUAAGAAGCGAUUUUCCCAAAAUGUACAAUUACUCCUUUAAAAUCAAACCGGCUAAAGCAUCUGCCGGAAAACCGCUUGUGAGCAGUAUUUUGUCUCGAACAUGUCACAUAAAUACCCUGUUCAUGCACACGUGCACACGCCAGCGCAGUCUCUGCCACCAUGGGUUCGGUGAGCUGUUACACUCCCGCUGUAAUACUGUAGAUCCGUGCAGAUUUUCUACACAUCUGUUCCUCACGCUGUUCACAACCAGACACUCGAUGUGAAAAGUAUUUAACAGCUGGACUACCGACAGGUCAUGUGUGUUUUUGUAGCCAGAAGGUGCAAGAGUUCUGGCAGUGCUCCGGUCACUUACUUAAAAUGUUGUUUAAAAAUGUCAAGGUAACAGCCUCAAAUGUCUUGUUUUUGUCCGACCAACGCUCCAAAACCCAAAGAUUUUCAGUUUAACAUGAUAUAAAACAGGGAAAAAUAUCAGCUCUUCUCAUCUGAAAGGCUGGAACUAGAAAACAUCUGACAUUUUUCACUAUUUAUGCUUGAAAAAUUAUUGAAAUGAUUAUUCGAUUAUCAAAAUAGUAAGCGAUUAUAUUUUUGUCUAAUAAUACAGAAUCUAAUAUUCUCAUUUAUAGUAUUUACAUUGAAUAAUCAUGCUACUUUGGUCGGACCGCUAGGUAUAAAUGAUUGUACCACAGAAAAAUGGCCACAUUCAGUUCAGCAGUUGUGGUUUUGAUCCUUGCCAGGCAACAGUGGAAUCCUCUUCUAUUUUGCCACCUUGGAGUGUUGAGAGCAGAAUAAAAAAUCCGUUUUGAAGGAUAAGUCUGGUGAUGUUACAUAUUUUUGUUACUGUCAACAAAUCAAACACAAAAGACCCGAACCAACAAUGUGUUAGUUGGUCUCCUGACACUAAAAUUCCCUAAAACAGCUGAUCACUGUAGUUUUCAUCGAACAAAACGGGGGUAAACGGUACAUUUGUCCGGGACUAUUUUUAGUGACGGAUUAAUCCACAUUUGGUGCUUUGGUGAGUAUCUGGUGCAGCAGGAUGGUGUGUGUGUGUGUGUG